AUGAACUCCCAUGACCCUAAGACGACGAUUUUCACAAAUGGUCAUCACAAGCCAGUUCACAAGUUCAAUGAUGCUCAUAAUCAGCUCGGAAACCCUUACAAGAUUCCUUCGCGAUCAAACUCGCUCCAUGGCCAUAGGGAGAUUGCCCAACGCUCUACCGACAGCCUUCCGCUGACCAAGUUUACGAAACCCUUCCAUGAGUCGCCCCUGCAUACCUCGAUAACGGAGGCCAUGCAAAUUGUGGAACGGAAGGUUAAGUCAGAACACAAUUCGCCGGUGCUUGGACCAGCAAGGCUAGGAGCAAAAUCCACGAUACAGGAUUUCAACAUACCUCAAUUCGAUCCACGCGCUUAUGCGUACUCUCCCUUUGGCACAGACACCCCGCCGACACAGUCGAACAGUCUACAAAACAGCCAAAACCCAAGCUUGCAAGAUCUAACGCUUCCAGAACGUUUCCCGGAGACCUGGUUCAUGACCUAUGAACAAGCUCAUGAGUACGAGCCUCCAGCAUGGGCAAGGCUCAACGAUGGCUCAUCGUCUGAUUGGACCAGUUUCAAUCUAGACGGUCAUAAUGGUCUUUACAGCUUGAACAAGGACAACUCGCCGUAUAUGUUGUCUCAGCAAGUUGCUUUCCAGGCUUCUGAGUUGACGAGCCAAAUUAAUAAAGUGGGAAUCACUUCCUCGAGCGAAGAGCCUUCAGAGGUCGAGGACCAGUCCCCUCCAUCCAAUGCCAACCAAUGGGGCAACGAGCGGGCCAUAGGUAAUGAUCGACAGACUAGUUUGGAAGCGUUCAACGAUUUCAGCAGUGCCGGCGGAGACGACGCCUCCGAUCGAUUCAGGUUGAGUUCAGCCUCGUCUUAUUUUGGGACGCCCCAAGCAAACAUGCUGGCCAAUGACAACCUCGGGAGUCUCGACAUCGACGAUUACUUGAAGCAGGCCGAAGCGGAGACGAAAAGAAUGCAAUUGCAACAUCAGUUGGCGCAGAUGCAGAUGAAUCCGCAAGAUUCCCAAACCCCGUCCCGGUUGUCGAGUGUGAGUAGAGGCAUGACACCUAGUAUCUCUACUCCAGGAAGCACGGGCAAUGGCGAGCAUCCAUACACUAUAAGUGAGGCACAAAGGUAUGCACAUCCUGAUGGAGUCUCGAAUAUUCCAACGGAGCAGCCUAGACUUGCCAUGCCACCGUCGUACAUGGCAGACGAUCCAGCGUGGUCGGCCGCGCCAGACAUGACCAAUCCCGAACUGAGUUUGAACGAUGAAAGAGAAGACGAGGACUGGGUUCGGUAG